UAGGGUCCGUGGCAAGCGUCGACUUUUUACUCGCGACUGAGUGAGAAACGAUUCCCUCUCUUCGUCCGGCGGCCGAGUUGCUCACAGAAAAGAGGCUUUUCACGGCGACUGGCGGCCAGUCUGACUCCAACCUCACCUAGAAUACGACAUGGACGCAGCGACCUUUCCCGAAGACGUGGUGCAGGUGCUGCGGGAGGAGGGUCUCCUCAACCCCCGCGACCCUGAAACCCCCGUCGUCCGGUUCGCCCAUCCAGCAGAAUUGCAGGAAGAAAUAGACUUCUCGCUGGGCCAGGACGGCUGCACGGAUGAAAAGCUGCUGUCGUUGGUGCGACACACGAUUCAGCGCAGUGUGGACACCGGACACCCGCACUUUUACAACCAGCUGUAUGGCGGCACCGACCCGUAUGGAUUGGCCGGCGCCUGGGUCAGCGAGGCCUGCAAUACAAAUCAGUACACUUUUGAAGUGGCUCCGACGUUUUCCCUUGCUGAACAUGCAGUCUUGCAAAGAGUUUUGGAACUUUUCGGUUUUCCCAACGGAGACGGAAUUUUUGCACCUGGUGGAAGCAUGUCCAACAUGUACGGACUUGUGCUGGCAAGGUACAGGUUGUACCCUGACGUCAAAACCGACGGAUUGGCUGGGUUGCCUCCUCUUGUCGUUUUCACCUCUGAAGAUGCUCACUACUCAACCUUGAAAGGUGCCCACUGGCUGGGAAUUGGCACGCGUAACGUGGUCAAAGUGAAGACCGACGCCGCCGGUUGCAUGGACCCUAAGCACCUGGAGCAGUGCAUCAUUAAGGCCACUCGCGAGAAGAAAAAGCCCUUCGCCGUCGUGGCCACCGCCGGCACCACCGUCCUUGGCUCGUUCGACCCCCUCAACCCUCUGGCUGACAUUUGCCAGAAGCACGGCCUCUGGCUGCACGUUGACGCUUGCUGGGGUGGAAGUUUGAUCCUGUCCAGAAAAUACGCGUCCGUCCUCGAGGGAAUCGACAGAUGUGACAGCGUUGCUUGGAACCCACACAAAAUGCUUGGAGCUCCACUGCAAUGCUCGAUGUUCCUUGUCAAACACGAAGGUUUACUACAUCGGUGCAAUUCGGCGUCGGCCACCUACUUGUUUCAACAGGACAAGUUCUACGACGUCACCUAUGACUCGGGCGACAAGAGUGUCCAGUGCGGACGCAAAGUGGACGCCUACAAGCUGUGGGUGAUGUGGCGGAAGCGUGGCGACGAGGGUCUCACGCGACUCGUGGACAACGCCGUGGACUGCGCGCAAUAUUUUGCCAAAAUUAUUUCUGAACGACCCGGCUUUGAGUUGGUCCUUCCGGAAUUCCAAUGCACCAACAUCUGCUUUUGGUUUUUGCCGGCCAGCAUGCGCGAACAGACCAGAGACGAGGCCUGGUGGGACAAAUUGUCCAAGGUUGCGCCACUGAUUAAAGAAAGAAUGGUGCUGCAGGGCGCAGUCAUGCUCGGCUACCAACCCAUGGCCCACCGAGGCCUGGUCAAUUUCUUCCGCAUGGUGACCACUUGUCAACCACCCCCAUCCAGGACUCAGAUGGAUUUCGUGAUCGAGGAGAUUGAGCGUCUGGGAGACGAUCUUUAAACCUCCCCAAUGAAUAGCACAUAUGCAAUGUGUACUUAUGAAUUCGACUUUCUUGGUCACACGCGACUCACCAAAAGAUAAAAAUUCAAAAUCUCUCAAAACGUACAGAUUGUAGGUGUAAAUGGAAAAAUAGGAGUUUCCACGCGGAGUAUUUCCCUAGAUAAUUAAAAACGAAAUGCUCUUUUUUGCUUUUUGUACUUUUAAGCGAUUUUUAGGCUGUAAAUAAUAUUUUAUAUUUAUGUAUUUUACACAAAAAUGGAAUAAAUAAAAGUGAAUGAAUAAAAAAAUUAUUUUAUGAAAGAA